GCCAAGAAGCGGAAGAUGAACUUCUCGGAGCGGGAGGUGGAGAUCAUCGUGGAGGAGCUGGAGCGCGGCAAGCACCUCCUCAUCAACCACUUCAACGCGGGCGUACCGCUGGCCGCCAAGGCCGCCGCCUGGCACGACAUCCUGCGGCGCGUCAACGCCGUCGCCACCUGCCACCGCGAGCUGCCCGAAGUGAAGAAGAAAUGGUCCGACCUCAAGACCGAGGUGCGGCGCAAAGUGGCCCAAGUGCGAGCCGCCAUGGAAGGGGGGAGCGAGAGCCAGAACGGCGGCGGUGCCGGGACGGAAGGCGAGGAUCCAAGCGGUGCCACGGCCGCUCCCGUCAUCCUCACCCCCAUGCAACAGCGCAUCUGCAACCUGCUGGGAGAGGCCACCAUCAUCAGCCUGCCCAGCGGGGACUGCGGGGCGGCCGACGGGACCGAGAUCCCCAUCACCGCCUCCGCCACCACCGUCACGCUGACCCAGAUUCCUGCAGAGACGACUUACCACAGUCUGGAGGAUGGGGUCGUGGAGUACUGCACAACAGAAGCCCCCGCCACAGUUACUGCCGAAGCACCCUUGGAGAUGAUGGCACAUCAACACGAAGUAUCUGCAAAACCCCAGGAGUUGAAAAGCCGCAUUGCUCUGAACUCAGCAAAGCUCCUGCAGGAGCAGCGAGUGACCAACUUACACGUGAAGGAGAUUGCCCAGCACCUGGAGCAGCAGAAUGACUUGCUUCAGAUGAUCCGUCGCUCUCAGGAGGUGCAGGCAUGUGCGCAGGAGCGCCAGGCUCAAGCCAUGGAAGGAACACAGGCUGCACUGAGUGCCCUCAUCCAGGUCCUCCGCCCCAUGAUUAAGGACUUCCGUCGAUUUUUGCAGAGCAAUACACCCAGUCCUUCGGUGACCGCUGACCCCAGCCAGACUGGGCAGCAAGAUGGCAUUAUCCAGUGAAAGAAACAGCAGUGGGACUUCUUUAUUGGAAAAAAAUCUGCCCCUGCCGCCAUUGGACACGGAGUAAGGGGUGCUGGCUCUUGUCAGUGUGCAAUGGCUCGCCUUGGAGCCUUGCUGAGCCUGAACAGCUUUCUUCUCCGCUAAUCUUAUGCUAAUCUGCCUUUUCAGACCCAUCAUACAGAGCAGAAGCAGGAGAUUUAAUAAACAAGGAACCUAACAUCGGUUGCUUUAGUUCCUCAGAAAAAUAGAUUUAUUUAAAAAAAAAAAAAAGAGGGAGAGAAAAAAGACAAUUAUUUUUUUAUCUGUUUGAAAAGCUCUUCUGAGUAUGACACAUCUUUCUUCCUCUGCCUUGAUCUAUAGCCUUUAACUGACUUCAAACAUGGACAGUCUUGCUAUUAAGUCACAGCAAAGAAGCUGCCAAGGUACAGUUAUCAUAAACUGUAGUGUCUGGUAGUGAAUGCAUUUCUGUCUCUUGAUGAAAGCAUUUACUGGAAACGUGGUAUCAGAGGUGGUACAACCUUUCUCUGCACUGAGAGCUUGUGGAUACUGCUCUUGGAGCACAAAGUUCACCCACACAGACUAGCACUAAGCCUACUAUAUGCAGUUCAAAUCCCACCCAUAUCCCCCAAGGAUAUAAAUGGGAUUAAAAUAGUGUAUUCACCUCAUGUUCUAUCUGCGUGCAGUCAUGAAAUUCAACUUUAAAAGCAGAUGUGAUGAAAAUGUCAUGCCUUGGUUACCAGAUACUGUCCUGGGAUACGUAUUGGAAGCAAUUACCUGUCCCAGUAUAUUUAAUACACAAAGACACAUAAAAAAUUAAUUCAGGUGGGUUUACAGGCAAAACACCCUCUCUGUCUCAUAACGCACAGUUUGCCACCUUCGUAAUAGCUCAGCCUCUCCAAGUGGAGCUGGUCUGGAGAGCUUCAGCCACACAACAGUUCCCAGCAGACAACGUUUAGGAGGUUGGCAGCCAUUGAUUGGAGUGAGUGAGUUUUGGUCAGUUGGUUCUGGUGGUGGUAUUUGUUCUGUACUUGUUAGGAGCCAGAAGCAAAUCCAGCAGUUCUUCGUUAGUCUGCUAGCUGGCUUUGACUGGGAUUCUGAGAACUGGCUCUGAGGUUCACCUCACCUAUUUUCUCACAUUUAAACAGGGCUAAGUAGCAUUUGCAGCCCCUAAUCUCCUUGAGUUGUUGGGGCUGUUGGGCUUGGUCCGCACUGAGACAGCUCCAUUUCACAGGAUGGUGAGUGUGAUUCUUACAGACUUGGAGUAGCUUCAUAAACUUUUAGAUGACAAGCUCCACUUGUAGGUGCAUGGAAGCUAACUUCAAAAAAAAAGGAAAAAGAAAAAGUGUAAGUUUUUCCCAUACCUUUCACAUUUAAUAGGCUUGUUGCUUGCCAGAUACUGCUUUUGAAGCCAAACUUUCUCAGAGUUGAUAUUUUCUCACUGUUAAGUCUCCUUUUGGGCUGAGAAGUGUGAGCAAAGACUGAAUUUGCACAAUCACAUGAAACCCUUACAUAUUUUAUGGCAGGAUGCUGCUGGAGGACCCCCAGUUAGAGCAGUGGGUGAACAUUCUGCUGUCUACCUCUGCCCUUCAGUAAUUUCUCCUCUGUGAGGCUGAUGGGUGAGAAAAGAACAGCUUUAGAACUUUGGCCCUGGGAGGCUCUGACCCUUUGACACAGACAUCUUGGUGCUGAGUCAGGGCAGCAGCAGCUGCUCCUUCCCACCUUGUUGGGCAUCCAGCCAUGUGAGUAACGCUCUCCUGAUUCUUUCUCUCAGACUUUAUGGAGUCAAAUCAACUGCUCAAUUGAAAAUUAUUUUUAAAGCAGAAAACUACGUCAUAAAUGUUGUUUUACCUCGUUUGUGUAAUGAUCUCUCCUUUACAAAUAUGAUUUUUAAUUAAAAAAAAAAA